AUGUAUUAUGAAAAUGUUGAGCUAUCUUCUCCACAGGACAUUGUCAAUGGAUUUUCGAAACAUUUCAGACAAUCGCUGUCUGUAAAGUCAAGUCAGUCAAAUUCAUUUGAAUUUAUUCUGGACAAUAUUAACACCUUUGACAUUAAACAAAUAACUGAAAGUGAGGUAUAUAAUGCGUUAAGACAACUGAAGCCUACAGUGACAGCAGGUCCGGAUGCUGUUCCUUCUUUUCUGGUUAAGGAUUGUGCUGCUAUUUUGACCAAGCCAUUGUCUGGUUCGGUUUUGGGUCCUUUGUUUUUUAAUAUAUAUGUUAACGACAUAGUAAAACAGGUCAAUAUAGAAUGCCUAUUAUAUGCGGAUGACCUGAAGAUAUUUCUUGAAAUUAAAUCUCCUGACGAUUGCCAUGUUCUUCAGCGGAAUUUAGAUUUAAUAAAUGAGUGGUCCAUCACCAACCAAAUGCCGUUGAGCAAGGAUAAAUGUUGUGUUAAAACGUACUCCAGAAAGUUAUCCCUAAUUAGUUUCAAUUAUAGUUUGCAAGGAGUUGAUUUAAAACGACCUGAAUUCAUUCGAGAUCUUGGAGUUACAUUUGACUCAAAACUUAGUUUUGUUGAACACAUCAGGAUAAUAGAGGACUCAGCUAACAAAUGUCUGGGAUUUGUCAUCCGCAACACCAAAGAAUUUCAAGAAGUUCACAUUGUGAAAUUGUUGUAUUUUGCUUAUGUCCGCUCCCGACUUGAGUACUGUUCUGUGGUUUGGAGUCCUAUUUAUCAGGCUCAUAUCAGCACACUAGAGAGAAUUCAGCGCCGUGCUUUAAAAUAUAUGCUGUAUAAAAUUGACGGCUUAUAUCCUCUUAGAGGAGUGCCGAAUCAAACUCUGUAUGAACGUCUCAAUGUCAAGAGCUUAUUGUCUAGAAGAAGCAAUGCCUACAUUAUAAUGUUGCAUAAUAUAAUUAGUUACACAAUUAAAUGUGAAGAUUUGAUUGCUAUGAUUGGACUAAGAACACCUACUAUGAAUGUAAGAAAUUACUUCUUAUUUGAGCAAAAAUUUCCUAGAUCUAACGUGAUGAAAGCAUCCCCGUUUUAUCAAAUGCUAGAAAGCUAUAAAAAAUCUCAAUGUAACAUUGAUAUAUUUAAUUGCAAACUGAGAGAGCUAAAAACGGAAAUUAAGAAAUAA